UGUCAGAGUUAAUCCAACAGUGACUUUGAGAUGAUAAAGGAUCUUUUACAGCAAGGAUAACUUUGAGAUUUUCUCCGGGGUGCUGAGACUCAUUUAACAGUCAUUUUUGGACAUUGAUGAAGAGCAGAUACUGUAGCUGACAUGGUUCUACUCAGCCUCUUGAUUUUGGGUGCACUGGUUAAAGGCCACCUGGCUCUUACUGUUAGUGAUUGUGGGACUUCCUUCAGGCGUCCAGCGUACACCGACAUCGCAGUGUAUUGCGGGACCCAGUCUAUAAAUUUGGCAAUCCAGGUUUGCCCGGUCAUUUACACUGGAUAUAACGAGAGUCUGUUGAUUCUGAAUCAAAUCAAAGAUGACCCGUUGUGUCGCGGGAAGAUGGACGCGACUGUCAGUCCUCCGGUCGUGCGCUUCAGCUUCCCGCUAACACAAUUAGACGCCUGCGGCAGCAUCUUCCGCACCACCAGCGCUCCAGGGACAGGGAUCUUCUCGGACUUCUCUAACAUCCAGACGGUGAAUGUCAGUGGGGUGGUCAGAUCUUUUGACCCCACAAUAGGAACAGUGACCUACAACGCCGAGCUGAGUUAUUUUUACUCCUGUGCAUAUCCUCUCCAGUACCUGAUCAACAAUACACAAGUUGAUGUGUCAUCCUCCUCCAUUGCAGUGGUUGACAACAAUGGUAGCUUCAUCAGCACUCUAAGCAUGCAGCUCUUCAAAGAUAUAAACUACACAACUCCACUUGUUAUCCCUGCUCUUGGUGUUGAGCUCAGAACCAGAAUCUACGUGCAAGUCAUUGCAGCAAACUUGACUUCACAGUAUCAUAUACUGCUGGAUCGAUGCUAUGCCUCCAUCUCAGCCUUACCCUCAAAUUCAACCUUUUUCAACCUUUUCGUCCCGUGCUCGCAGGAUCAGUUUACCAGCAUGUCGGAGAAUGGAAACAGUCAGAAGGCUCGCUUUAGCUUCCCGGCCUUCCGCUUUAUUGAGCAGCAGAACCAGACCAUUUCCACCUACUACCUCCACUGCAUCACCAGGCUUUGUGAAACCAGCACCUGCGCCCAGUUCAAGCAAUGCAACAGGAGGAGGAGACGGGAUACAAAGACAACGACAAUUAAAGAUGGCAUCUCAGACACCACCCUCAUCUCCUCAGGACCUAUUAAGACAAGAGCAGAAACCCCUCUCAGCACUAAAGAAGAAGCGGUGAGCAGCGCACAGAAGGACAGUGGUAAUGGGGCGUCUGUAGGACUGGGCGUCGCUCUGGCCGUCCUCGUCAUUGUGGGCACCGUUGCUGCCCUCAUGGCCGUGUCGUUUUUACCGCGCACCGCAAACUCAAGAUGCUGCGUUAACUUCCUGUGA